GUCACGCGGGCUAUUCGCCCUCGGAUCGGACUAGUGUAGGAGUAGGAGACCGGCUCCCUGCUCGCCUCUUCCCCUCCUCCGGCCAAGUUUCGACUCAACCAAACCCUAAUCACCACGAACACGAAUACGGAGAGAGCAAAAAUCGUCACCGGCAACCGGGAGGGAUGAAUUCUCAGUCUUCCCCCGUGGUUCUGCUUCACCUCCGCCGGUUGGAUCACUUCCUCAAGCGCCAGGGCCUCCACAGCAUCGCCCAUACGCUCGAGAGGGAGUCCAUGGUGUACUUCGACGCCGCGCAUCUGCAGAAGCUGGUGAAGAUGGGCGGUGGGAUGCCGCCGGAACUUACCUGAAGGGAUUCUCACCCCUCUGGGAGGGGGAGGGCUCAUCCCAGCACUACACCUCCGUCUUGCACAACAUGCUGCACCACUUUCCUCGCCUGCUGCGGUGAGUAAGGUGGCCGCGCCGCCAGCUCGCUUUUCUGCUCCAGUGAUGAUGCCUUCCGCAAAAAGUUCCCCGAGAUUGCGAAGCGCAACGACCUGUAUCGCUCCAUGGCCUCUGCACAAGCCAGGGCAUCCGUGAACUGGGAGGACAUAAAGCUCAGAACCUUGGAGAAACUGCAGGAGUUGCUUCAUUUUCAUCCUGACGUCACAUGCAGCUUACGAAUGCGAGAGCUGCAGUGCACACCCACGGCAUCAGAAAUAACCCCCCUUGGGCUUCCCUCCAGUCAGCAAACAAAUCAGCCCGGUGACUCAGGUAUGAAGCAUUCAAGACCUUGUGAUGCACAUUUUCCCGAAAGUUUUGAGCAAGCUUUUGAUUCACAAAAGGGUGCAAAGAGGCUACGGACAACUGGAGAGUUCGCUGAUGAAGUAAGUCGUAUCUGAUAGCUGCAUGUGUAAUUUCGAAAACCUCGAAUGGAAAGGGAUGAUGCAUUCGUCUUCUAUCUGUAGUUCUAUGGUUUCUACACUUAAUAUUUUUUACUGGUGGGAAACCUGCUCUUUUCUUAAUCAAUCUGUGUGUUCAUCGUAGAAUUAUACAAGAGUUCUAAUUUGGAUUUGCCAGCAGGCACCAUCAUUUGUAAUUGAAACUUUCGACAAGAGUUCUAAUUUGGACUUGCCAGCAGGCACAUCAUUUGUAAUUGACAAGUGUUCUAAUUUGGACUUGCCAGCAGGCACCAUCAUUUGUAAUUGAAACUUUCGACAAGAGUUCUAAUUUGGACUUGCCAGCAGGCACCAUCAUUUGUAAUUGAAACUUUCGAUAAUAAUAGGAUACUGCUAUAUGA